CAGCCAUGGGGCUGCUGGCUGGAGAUACACUGGCAUCCCUGGCCUUGGCCAUGGUCAUCUUCCUGCUUCUCGUGGACCUCAUGCACAGGAGAGCACGCUGGACCCCUCGCUACCCGCCAGGCCCCAGGCCCCUGCCUGGGCUAGGCAAUCUGCUAGAGCUAGACUUCAAGAACUUCUCCUACUCCAUAAGCCAGCUGCAGAGACGUUUUGGGGACGUGUUCACCCUGCAGAUGGCCUGGACACCUGUGGUCGUGCUCAAUGGGCAUGUGGCGGUACGCGAGGCGCUGGUGCACCACAGCGAGGACACCUCUGACCGCCUUGUUAUACCAAUCACUACCUGCUUCGGUGUGAUUCUAGCGCGCUAUGGGCAAGCAUGGCGCGAGCAGCGGCGAUUCUCCGUGUCCACCAUGCGCAACUUUGGCCUGGGCAAGAAGUCACUGGAGCAGUGGGUGACCGAGGAGGCCGGCUACCUCUGUGAGGUCUUCAAUGGCCACGCUGGACGCCCCUUUAGUCCCAACGUCCUACUGAAUAAAGCUGUGAGCAACGUGAUCUCCUCCCUCAUCUAUGCACGUCGCUUUGAGUACGGGGACCCACGCUUCACCAGGAUGCUGCAGCUAAUGGACGCCUCCCUGGAAGAGCAGUCAGGACUCCUUUCCCAGAUUCUAAAUGCUGUCCCGGUGCUUCUGAAGAUCCCUGGGCUCCCUGCCAAGGUCUUCCCAGGGCAGAUUGCAUUCAUAGACAUGAUAGAUGAGCUAAUCACUGAGCAGAGAGUAACCUGGGACCCCACCCAGCCACCUCGAGACCUGAUUGAUGCUUUCCUGGAGGAGAUGGAAAAGGCCAAAGGAAACCCUGAAAGCAGCUUCAACAAAGCUAACCUGCGCAUGGUGGUAGCCGACUUAUUUUCUGCCGGGAUGGUGACCACCUCAACCACACUGGUCUGGGCCCUGCUGCUCAUGAUCCUACACCCUGAUGUACAGCGCCGUGUCCAGCAGGAGAUCGAUGAGGUGAUAGGGCAGGCACGGCCACCAGAGAUGGGGGACCAGGCCCACAUGCCCUACACGAUGGCCGUGAUCCACGAGGUGCAGCGUUUCGGGGACAUCGUCCCACUAGGAGUCCCCCACAUGACUUCUCGGGACAUUGAAAUCCAGGGCUUCCUCAUCCCUAAGGGGACAACGCUGCUCACCAACCUGUCAUCGGUGCUGAAGGAUGAGAGUGUCUGGGCAAAGCCCCGCCGCUUCCACCCGGAGCACUUCCUGGAUGCCCAGGGCCACUUCGUGAAGCACGAGGCCUUCAUGCCCUUCUCUGCAGGCCGCCGUGCAUGCCUCGGGGAGCCCUUGGCUCGGAUGGAGCUCUUCCUCUUCUUCACCUGCCUCCUGCAGCGCUUCAGCUUCUCGGUGCCCGCAGAUCAGCCCCGCCCCAGUGACUAUGGUGUAUUUCAGGGCAUGGUGAUUCCGCCCCCUUAUGAGCUCUGUGCUGUGUCUCGCUAAGGGGGACACCCAGCCUCCAUCUGCUUCUCUGCUGUGGAUCAAAUGCUCAAUAAACCAGCCCAGUUUCCAGCCUGA